AUGAAUCCCGCCUGGGUCCAGCACCUCAUUGUCCUGGGGACGCUGCUGGGAGCCGGCGACACCAGUACGGAUACGGCAGAUACCUGGUGCUACGAUGACCCAAAAUGCGGUCCAGAGACAUGGGCGGCUCUGGGGCACUGUAAUGGCACCAGGCAGUCCCCGAUCAACAUCGUCACCCCUGCGGCUGUCCACAAUCCCCACCUGGGGGCUGUGUCCCUCGCUGGCUAUGGGGAUGCCAGGAAGCUUAUCUCCAUGAAAAACACGGGGAAGACAGUGGAAGUGCAUUUAGCGGAUGGGCUCCAUCUCAGCGCCCAGGGGCUCCCAGCUAUCUACACAGCCAAAUCCUUCCACCUGCACUGGGGCCAGGGGGCAGCCCGGCCUGGCUCGGAGCAUUACAUCGAUCACAAACAGUUCUCCAUGGAGCUCCACAUUGUUCAUACCAAGAACAACCUGAGCAUGGAUGACGCCCUGAAGGAUCCCAAGGGAAUUGCUGUGCUGGCCUUCUUCAUCCAGGCAAAAGCUCACGCACGCCCCUCCCACUCCUGGGAUUCCUUCACCCAGCACCUGGAGAAGGUGGCUCUGAAGGAUAAGAAAACGAAUCUGGACGGCUCCUUCUCCCUGCGGGAGCUCCUGGGCUCGGUGGACCUAGCCUGCUAUUACCGCUACCAGGGUUCCCUCACCACCCCCAACUGUGACGAAGUCGUGGUCUGGACUGUCUUCCCCGAGCCCAUCCUGGUGCCUCCUGGUGUGGUGGCUGCGUUCCCCUCCAUCCUCCGCUCCACAGACUCACAUGCUGGGCCCCGGCUGCAGAACAACUACCGGCCUCUGCAGAGCCUUGGGGAUCGCCAAGUGCAGGCCUCGGCGGCCCUCCAAGUCGCCCCCAGCUCCUCUUCCACCCCGCGGCCUGCAGCCUUGAUCCCUCUACUCAUCAGUAUCGCAGCAAUCACCUGGCAUCUAUAAGGGGACAGAACCAGACAUCUAGAAGCUGGGCCUAGGCGGGGGAGGUGCUGGGAGCCAGGACUCCUGGGUUCUAUUCCUGGUUCAGCCACAGACUCCCUAUGUGACCGUCAUCAAGCGCCAUCCCCGCUCUGGGCCUCAGUUUCCCCAUCUAUAACAUAGGGAUAGGUUUUGCUUCACAGUCCUGGAGAUCAGCAUUGAUCACAGUCCUCUUGGAGACUGGGUUGGUACAUACCCGUCAGCUAAUAUAACUCAGGAGAACUGGAUUGCAAGCCCCCCAUCACCAGGAGUUUGGACUGAGUGGGCAGAGGGGGGUUUGCUGAGUAGUAUAUAUGUGUGUCCAUCUUCUGUCCUACUGCCCCCUGUUGGAGGAGUGAGCCCUGCCCCAUGUAUGUGUAUCCAUCCAUCUGUCCUACUGCCCCCUGCUGGAGGGAUGAGUCCUGCUCUGUGUGUGUAUGUCUAUCUCUCUGUCCCACUGCCCCCUGCUGUAGCGUGAGCCCUGCCCUGUCUCUGUGUGUCCAUCCGUCUGUCCUACUGUCGCCUGCUGGAGGGAUGAGUCCUGCCUCUGUGUGUGUGU